CGGACCGGAAGUGGCGGCGAUGGUAUUUCCGGGUGGAAGAUGGCGGCCGCGGCGGGCCGGAAGCCGGUGCGGCAGGAGGAGCUGCGACGGCUCAUGCGAGAGAAGCAGCGUGCGGGCGCGGGCAAGAAGCGUGUCGAGUCGCCCUUUGCUAAAUACAACCGCUUAGGGCAUCUAAGCUGCACUCUGUGCAACAUGCAGAUUAAGAAUGAGCUGCUGUGGCAAACACACGUGCUUGGGAAACAGCACAAAGAGAAACUUGUAGCCUUAAAAGAUGGUAAACAGCUAAUACCUGACCCUGCUGCUGGCACAUUGUCUCACCCUGCCAAAAGAAAAGUUCCUGACACAGAAAAUCAAGAAGUAAAGAAAAUGAAAGGUUCAAAUGACCAGACACAGACUUCUACAUCUGGGCUACCCACAAACUUUUUUGAUGAACCAGAGCAAGCAGGUACAAAAGGACUGCUCUCAAAGGGUUCAGCUCCCACAGUACUGCCUGGAGAUGAUGAUGAUAAUGAUCAUGAUAACGAUGACGAAGAGAAGGAAGAACAAAAAGGUGAUGCUAGCAAAUCUAGCGCACAAAAAUCAGAACUUCCACCUCCAGCUCAAGAAGCAGUAGCUAACACUUUACCAGCAGACUUCUUUGACAAUGGAACUGUAUCUGCUCCUAUAGUUUCCCAUUCUGGGUCCAUACAGAAACCAGAAGUACAAGAAAAAGCAGUGGAGAGGAAAGAAAAUACCGCAGAAGCAUUGCCAGAAGGAUUCUUUGAUGAUCCUGAAGUGGAUGCAAAAGUGCGAAAAGUUGAUGCUCCAAAGGAUCAGAUGGAUAAAGAAUGGGAUGAAUUUCAGAAAGCAAUGCGACAGGUCAACACAAUUUCAGAAGCAAUAGUGGCAGAAGAGGAUGAAGAGAUACGAUUGGAUCGUCAGAUUGGAGAAAUUGAUGAGCAGAUUGAAUGCUAUCGUCGUGUUGAACAGUUGCGUGACCGUCAGGAUAUGAUGAAGGAGAAAGUUAAAGAGGCCAUGAGAUUAAGAGCAAUCCAGCAGAAAGAGGAUGAGGAUAUUGGUAGUGAAGAUGAAGAAGAAUUGCAAGACUUGUUGUCUCAGGACUGGAGGGUGAAAGGGACUUUGUUGUAGCAUUUCAGUGACCUGGUCAAUAUACUGUUGAUUUGUAGUAUGACUUUCUUUACCAGAAGCAAACAUUUGUUAAAAUAUUUAUUUUAAAACAAAUCAUCAGAGAUGCUGAAAAGCCAACUGCAAAAAAGUCUGUCUUUAUCUUUAUAGAUUUAAAAUGUACUAUUGAUGUAAAAAUUGUAUAUUGUAAAUGUUUUCUAAGGCUGAAUGUAACUUUCCUAUUAAAAUUCUUACUAUAAUAGCCUACUG